AUGACCAACAACAAAGACUCAGCUGUGAAUUUCGCCAACGAUACCUCAGAAUCUUUCGUCGAAUCGUACUACAAAGCGUAUGAUCUAGACAGGGAGAAAGUGUCGCAGCUGUACAGACCUUCAUCUGCUAUUGUGUACAAUGGAACACCCGUGCAAGGUGUGGAGAAUGUCCACAAUCUGUUCAUGAGUAUCCCUGCAAGUCAACAUGAGAUUCAGUCUUGGGAUACGCAUCCAAUACAAGACGUCAUCACUCCAAAUGCUCCUGUGCCGCCUAGUAUACUCCUCAACGUAACAGGCUUAGUAGCGCACGGAGCAGCCGCGAUAAAUGCUCUUUCAGACGGCAAGAGUCUCGGAUCGAAGAAGAACAAGGAGAUCAUUCUAUUACCCAGAACGUUUUCGCAGAAUUUUAUAUUACGCAAUGAGAACGAUAACUGGUUCAUCAUCUCUGAUUGCUUUAGAUUCGUUGGCUAG